GUGAUGCUUAAACCCCAAAAAGGAUUUGAGCAAAGAAGAUCAACAUCCAGCAGUGUAACCAUCAACUCUCAAGUGUUGGCUCAGAAAAAGGAGGAGGAGGUCGCUGAACGUUUUUGACAUUUCGGGACAUUUUGACAUUUGUAUGUAUUCAAGUAGCCUAAAACACACACACGCGAGUAGGGUAUCGUUGCUGUGCACGGCGCAGGACAGUGGGGAAGCGGGUUUGUUUUUUUCUUCACUAGAAAUUAUGAACAGAGACAAGACGACUCCGGUUGGAGAUACAGCGAUCGCUCCACUCGCGUCCGGCGGCGCCUUGGUCACACAGGCAGCGGUUAUCGUGUCGGUUUCUCCGGCGAGCAUGGACAACAACAACAACAGCCCGAAGCGAGUCUCUGCAAACGAUCUCGACAGAGAGGUGCUGCUACACCACGGCGGGACAGGAGACGGUUCACUGCUGCGACAGGAUCCCGCCGCUCCAGCCGUAGCGCCGACAACGGGCCACCGGACCACUGCGUUUUCAGUUCUGGACAUUUUGGACCCGAACAAGUUCACAAGUAAAAAACAACCAAGAACAGCCAUCGACUUCACUUUAGGGACGGAGAACCGAGGCGACGAGGACUCGUCCCGUGGAUCCGACCAGAAAACAUCAUACACGGCAGACUAUGAUACUUGUAAAAAAUCAUCAUUAUCAAAAGAUGGCUACGUGUACAGAUCCGAAGAGUGUGAACACGACUUCAUCCAGGCGAACCACACGGACAGUGAGAUCCAGGACGAGCUGUGUAGCGACGAGAGCAACAGCGCGCACAUGGGCAACGCGGACGGAGGAUUAGAUUCCCAUGACAACGCGAGAGAACAAACUCCAAGUCCUGCUGGCGCACAAACUCAGCAGUCGUCUUCAAACGGUCAGAACAACCAGGUAAAAGCGAAGAGAAAGCGCUCCGGCUCGGACUCCAAGUCGGGCAAGCCCCGGAGGGCUCGUACGGCAUUUACCUACGAACAACUUGUUGCUCUCGAGAACAAAUUCAAGUCUACCAGGUACCUCUCCGUCUGUGAACGGCUCAAUUUGGCGUUGUCGCUCAGCUUGACAGAGACGCAGGUGAAAAUCUGGUUUCAGAACCGGCGUACCAAGUGGAAAAAACAGAAUCCCGGGGCAGAUACGAGUGCACCAACGGGCGGUGGCGGUGGCACGAACGGCCAAGGCCACGGACUGGGGGGGCUAAGCCCCCUGAGUCCUUCCCCCCCCAUGGGCGGCCAUCUGUCCAUGCACAGCUACCCAGGGCAUGCGCCAGGGGGACUCGUCUGUACCGCUCAAUUACCGUUUCUGCAGAGUCACGCGGUACUCUCACCUUUCAUGUUGAGUUCGCAAGCAUACGGAGCUCCCACGUUUUACACUUCGCACUUGUGAAAACCAAUCAAAACAACGUACAAAAGACUGAUGUAAAUAUGGAAAUACACACGCUUUUCUACCUGUUCCCAUGAAGUCAUGUGUCGAAUCACUUUGUAAAAGGUAUAAUAUUUUAAUAAUAUUUUAAAAAAUUUC